AUGGGCUUGCACAAAGACUCUCCAGAAAGGCCACUACUGACUGCAGGAAGCCCAGUAAAGGAAGGAGAAUCUACCAGUCUGACAUGCAGCGCUCCAUUGUUCUGCCCCAAACAACCCCCCUCUCUGGCAUGGAGUGACACGCUGAACGGGACAGUGCACCAGACUGUGCACACUGGAAUAAAGGAGAGUCGUUCUGUGUCAUCGCGCCUCACCUUCACGGCCUCAUUUCAUCUCCACAUGAAGAACAUCACCUGUACAGUGUCGUACCCCGUGGAGACUGAGAAGAGAAGUGCAGCGCAGAGUCUAACACUUAAUGUCUUGUAUGCUCCAAGAGAAACAUCAAUCCACCAUACUGACCAAAUAUUUAUGGGGCAAUUGUUAACCCUCACCUGUAAUGCCAGUGCAAACCCAACUGCCAACUUCUCCUGGUUUCAAAUAAAUGGAGCCUCAGCCUUGCUGAUAGGACAGCAACAAGAAGUGACCCUCGCAUCAGUGACCCCUGGUGACAGUGGCCGGUAUUACUGUCAGGCAGAAAACCCGUAUGGAAAGGACAACUCAAAACCAGUCAUUCUGAAUGUGCUGUUUCCCCCUAACAACACCACCGCCAGCUUAAAUUACACAAGUGGCAUAAAGGAUGGUGACCCAGUAGCGCUGAUCUGCAGUUCCAGUGCCAAUCCAGCUGCCAACUACUCCUGGUUUCAAAUAACUGAAGCUGCCAUCUUACUGGUGGGAUCAGAACAGAGUUUGACUUUCACAACAGUGACCCCUAGUGACAGCGGGAGGUACUACUGUCAGGCACAAAACUCACUUGGGUUGGAGAACUCAACAUUCGUAUUUCUUAAUGUUCUCGCAAAUACGAAGACAGAAAACUCCAUCUCAUUUCUAAUCAGUGGGAUCUGUGUUAGCGUUGUGUUUUUUCUGGUGGUCUUAUGUAUGGUUGUAAAUUUAAAAAGGUAAGUUGGACCCUAAUACUCUAUCAACUCCUGUCACCCUGUGAUUUACUCAUCAUUAGGACCUGCUUAUUGUAAUGUAGCUCAACAGUAGGAUCAGGGCCUAUUCAGAAGACAUGAACAAACCUCCAAGUCUGUGGUGGGACAAACACACUGACACACUUAUGUGU